AUGACUCCAUCAUGUCUUGAAUCACCAAUCGAUGGCGCAGAGAACUUUCUCGGUACAGAUGAGAUUUUCCAAGUUUGCCAGGACCACAUCGGACGAGAAUGCAACGACUAUUUUCUUAAGUUUCAUCUUCAAAGGUCUCGGCUGAAGAAGUGUAUAUUCCCGGGAAACAUCUGCUACAAUGGUACAGAUGCCUUUGAAAUUAGUCAAUCAGAUAUUACCGCUCACACGGUUGGAAUAAAUUCCAAGUCAAGAGUCUCAAUGAGUCGCCGUCUCACUUGCUCACCUGUGCAUCUUGAUUCCUUUCUACUCGUCAAUACUGGUCUAAAGCCCCACGUCAACAUUUCUGUACUUGACAUGGACGCGGCUGGCUAUCUUCUAAGGAAUGAAAAGGAACAAAUGCGACUCAACAUGCUAUUGAAUACGAUGAACGGACCCAAUUCUUUAUCACAUGAGCCUUCUGGAAAGUUGAACGACCAGGUUUCGGCUCCUUACGACGUCUUUGUGUUGCCGCACAUUGAUGCCAAAGAUAUAGGCACCCACACGGUAUGGGGUAAUAUAACUUGGGACCAUAUUCAUCCAGAUUUGCGUGUUGAAGCUGGAAUGCCUUUCUUGAUGGUGUAUAGAGCUGGCAGGUCUGUGCAUGCUGUACAGAUCGAUGAUCCUCUCUUUGCGGCACAUGAAGCAGAUUGCCGGACAGCUAGAUUAGACGACAUAACGAAAAAACCAGGUUAUUGUCCUAAUCAUGAAGCCACCGCAUUAGGAUGUAUCGAGCAAUUCCAAUAUUGCGUUCCCGAGUCAGGAUUCUGUACAUCGUGGGGGUUUCGAUAA